AUGAGCAAUGCUGAUAUUUAAUAUAUUGAAACUCAUACUUAAAGAAGGCCUACGACUGCUUCCCUUCAACAAUCUGUUUAAAAUUCUCAUCAUAUUUCACCUUUGAAAUAUGAUUAUUUGAUAACAUAGCAUACUUAGAAUUCAAUAUCCCCAUUAAGAUAAUCAAAUUAGAAGAAUAGAUUUGUUCAACCUUUUAGUUCCUUAGCUAUUAUAUCUAAAUAAUAAAUUGACAAUGAUUAUAAAAAACUAUCUUUACAAUCACCUACUUAAGUAUUUGUUAAUGUAAAAAUUACCUAUUUUUAUAAAAGUGUUUACCACCGAAAGCACCUGAAUUAUAUAGAUCAACAAACUCUCCUAUUAGAAUAGGACAAUAUAAUUCAAAAACUCAAGUAUCAGAAAGAGGAAUAGACGAUAGAUUAUCUGAAUUUUCACUUCAAGUAGUGAAUUAGUAAACAGGUGAAGAUAGAUUAAAAAUGUAAGAUGCAAAUUUAUUGUAAUUCAAAUAAAUUAAAUUCAAUAAACAUAGAAAUAGUGAAUAAGACUUUAAGAGUCAAUAAAAUAGGUUAUCUGUUAGAGAUGAGAAUAUAUAAUAAUCUAUUUCUCACAGUCAACAUACAACUAAACAUGGAUAUAAUAAUGGAGAUUUACAAAAUAAGUAUGAUAAACUUAAAGAGGAAUAUGAUUUGUAACAUAAAUUCUUAUAAGAGAAAGAAAGAGCAUAUAAUGAAAUAUAACUUAAGCAUUAAUAAUUAUAAAAAGUACAAUAAUAAUAUUAAUCAAAUAAUACAGAAUCAGAUUAAUAAACAAUUAAGUAAUUAAGAGACAAAUUAUUGUUAAAUGAAGAAAAACUAUAAGAAUAUUCAGUUGUUUAAUUUUAGAUAUAAUCAUUAAAGUAAUAAAAAGCAGAAGCUGAAAUGAAAUUAAAUAGAUUAUUAACUGAAAAUUAAUAAUUAAAAAGUGAAAUAUCCUAAUUACAAUAAUCAUUAUCAAAUUGUAAGACUUAAGUCACAUAAGUUAAAGAACUUGAAUUAUUAGUAGAAGUAUGUUAAAAUGAUUAAGAUGGAUUUAUUAAAUCUUUGGAAAGUAAGGAUGCAGAAAUAUAAUAUUUAAAAAAUAGACUAUAAACAGCAUAAGAAUAAUUAUUGAAAUUUAAAUCAGAUAAUCUUAAAUUAUUUAAUGAGUUGUAGAAUGUUUAAUAAGAAAUUAAGAGUAUGUAAUAGGCUAUAUUGUAAUCUCAGGAAGUAAUGAAAACAAAUUAAUAACUUACUUUAGAUAUAGAAAAUUUAGAAUUGAGUAAGAAUGUUUUAUAAGAAUAAUAAGAGAAUAUUUUAGAGUAAUACAAGAGAUUGAGUAGUAUUAAUGAGACAUUAAAGUAAUAGUAUUAAUCAUCAUAAAAUGAAAUUAAUUAAUUAAAAUCUGUAUUUGAAAAUGAAAAAUAGAAUUAUGAAUAAUAAAUUCAAGAAUAGAAAUACGCUAUUGAAUAAUAAGAAAAUGAUUUAUAGAAUGCUAAAAUUGAGAAUGAAUCUAAUACCUAAAAAAUUAGUGAAUUGACUUAAUAUUACUAAGCUUAAUUUUCAGAAUUAUAAUAAUCUUUAGAUAACUGGUUCAGAUAACAGAUUGAAACUGAAUUGAAGAAAGUUGUAGAUCCAAUAACAGAAGAGAGAGAUUAUUAUUAAGAGAAAUUUAAAGAGGCAAUUCAAAAAUGUGAAUCAUUAGAAGAUCAAAAUUAAGACAUAAUUACAGAAUAUGAAGCUUUGACUUCAAAACAUUUAGAAUUAAAAAUGUUAUUUGAUUAAAUCAAAGCUAUAUCAUAAACCUAGUUGAAAAAUUGA